AGUAGAUAAUUGACGGUGGUUUUACAGCACACAUAUUUACACAAGUACACAAACACACAUGCUGCUGGGAAAUGCACAACAGUAUAUGCUUUCCUGUGAAAUGCAAUCUGAAUGCAACAGUGCACAGAAUAUCACAUGCAUCUAGAGUCUCACACACACUCCUGAAGUGUCUUCACACACACACACACACACACACUCCUGAUGGGAAUGACUGUGGAGCAGCUUCUCAUUGGUGUUGUGUUACUAUCACUGAUGAUCUGGAGGGUCAAACACACUGAAGAGCUUCUGUUCUGCAGAUGGAGACAAAAUCACAAUCACAUCCUGCAAUCUGGCGCCGGAAAUACCCCAAAUUCAUCUUUACUUUUCUGUCCGGUUACUAGGAAAAGUCGGUAGAAUGCAAAAUGUCAAGACUCAAGACUUGUAUGCAUGCUUUACUAAUCAUUCCUGCUCUCUGAACUCCGUCUCUCUGUGUUUCUCAGGAUGAAAAUGAGACGUCACAGGGUUUUCUUGAUUUGCACGGUGGGACUGUGUGUCAUUUCCUUCCUGCAUUACUACAAGGCUCUGCACUAUGUGUCCCUGCUGAGGGAGCUGUCUGCACCCUACCCCAACAUCAAGUCCUUCAUCAUGGUCACCGGGUUCUUCUGGAAGGAGGGCAGCACCAUGUCCAGUGCGACUCCAGAGGAAGCGCCGCCGGAUGGGAAGUUGCAGGCCGCAGGAGGCCUGGAGCUGGAUCUGGAUACGGGACAGGAGCCUGAAGCACCACAGCCUUGGAGGAGACCUGAAGAAGUGCAGCGCAGGAGCUCCAGCACCACCGAGGUUCAUAAGGUGGGUUUGGUCCCCUGGAAGCCCAGCAGCCCGACCGACCCAAAAGCCGACCCUCAGAGAGAGUCUGAAGUGAGAUCCGCCAUAAACAAACUCCAGCCGCGCCACGUUUCGACUCCGGACCCACUGGAAACUCUUGGCGAUCUGCACAGGCGCUCACACCUGCUCCAGGACGACCGCAGCCCGUACUUCGUGCGCACUAAAGCGGGCGCGCUGUGCUUCCGGCAGGGCACAGAAGUGGCGCCACCCAAAGACGAAACGCUAAAAGUGAAACCCAGCGCCGCAGGAGUGAUCCAGCGGAGAAUACUGCAGAAACCCGACGAGUCCAAGACUUCGGGAAAAUCAGUGGAGGAAUCCAGACUCUCUCGGGGGAAGCCAAAACGCGGAAAGAGACUAGUAAAGUGUGUUUGUCGUGCGGGAUGGCACGGCCCGUACUGCGGUGUACCCACAAUGGUGUACCACUCCAAUCUGCCAACCAAGGAGAGGCUGAUGCCUCGUGAAACUCCUCGGCGUGUAAUUAACGCCAUUAACGUAAACCACGAGUUCGACCUGCUGCACGUGCGCUUUCGGGAGCUCCUGCAGGCGGUCGAUGUGUUUCUGGUAUGUGAGUCUAACUUUACGGCGUACGGUGAGAGGCGUCCGCUCAGGUUCCUCAAUCUGCUGCUCAACGGGACGUACGAUUACGUGCGGCACAAGAUCCUCUACGUCUUCCUGGAUCAUUUCCCAGACGGCGGCCGACAGGACGGGUGGAUUGCAGAUGAUUACCUGCGCACCUUCCUGACCCGAAACGGGAUAUCUCGGGUUGCAGGAAUGCGUCCGGAUGAUGUCUUUCUCAUCAACGAUGCUGAUGAAAUCCCGGCUCAAGAAGGAAUUCUGUUCCUUAAGCUGUUCGACGGCUGGACGGAGCCUUUCGCUAUUCACAUGCGUAAAUCUCUGUAUGGGUUUUUCUGGAAGCAGCUGGGCUCGCUGGAGGUGGUGUCCGGGUGCACCGUCGGGAUGUUGAGGGACGUCUAUGAUAACGAUGGGAUUCGGCUGCGGAGACGGGAAUAUUACACCAUGCCGGGAUUUCGGAAGUACGAGAAUGACACUGGACACAUCCUGGUGCAGUGGUCCAUCGGGAGCCCGUUUCAUUUCGCAGGCUGGCACUGCUCCUGGUGUUUCACACCAGAGGGAAUUCACUUCAAACUCAUUUCAGCCCAAAACGGCGACUUUCCUCGCUGGGGCGAUUACGAGGACAAGCGAGACCUCAACUACAUCCGGGAGCUGAUCCGCACCGGCGGCUGGUUCGACGGCUCUGUGCAGGAGUACCCACCCUCGGACCCUAAGGAGCACAUGUACGCCCCCAAAUACAUGUUGGAGCAUUAUGAUCUCUACCGAUACCUGUUGGAGAACCCGUACGCCAAACAGUUUAAACCAGGAGGCGCGUAGGGAGGAAUGGGAAUGAAACACUCGCUCUCUCAUUGGUCAAAACUCUCGAGCCGAUCCGUCCAAUGGCUGAGCUCCUCAUGUGAACACAGAGAAACACAGCAGUUCCGUCUGGUCAAUGUUUACAUGAUCUCCAGCGCUCUGCCGUAGUAGCCUCCUGUGUUCAUUGUACAUGACUUUCUGUCUGUGUGUGAGUGUGUGAGAGAGCGAAUGUGUGUGUGUGUGUGUGUGGGUGAAUUUCAUUGGUGCACAGACUUUCUUGCACUCCAGAAUCAAAAAAGGAAACUCAUUGCACAAAUGCCACAUUUUUUGGGGGGGGGUUUGUUGACAGCUUGUAAAUUCCUCCGAACUCAAAUGUCUUUUUCUUCAGUCAGAAAAAAAAUCUUUGUGUACCAUUGUGAGCUGUUCUGAAUGAGUUUGCGGACGAGAGAGAGAGAGAGAGAGAGAAGCAGGGCUUUGUUUGAGCUCUGAUGGAGCAGAUAUGGGAGAUUUUUACUCACACAAACGAGAUUCCUGUCUGAGAAAUCCUGACGCAAAAGCUGGGAGAGAGCUGUUUUCUGUUGCUGUUAGAUAUUUAGUUUGUGAUAAUGUGACCCACAGCCAUGUUGUGCACACUAUUGAGGAGAUGUCAGAUAAAACAAGACGAGCUCUGUUGAGUUUCAAGAUAUCAGAGCUGCAGCGCAACACAAAGAUCAUCCCGAAUCAUCUGCGGCCUUAUGAGGAAACUUCUUUUUGCCAAAUUUAGAUAUUCUAAUCAAUCCUUAAAAAAAAAGCCAUGAUAUGAGAAUGCACUUCGAGAAGCUUCAUGGAAAAAUCAAGGCUGAAAGUCCUAUAUGGAGGGUAAAUGUGUUUUAGGGGGACGAAAGGGAUUUUUCAUGAGCUAUAAGUGGAUUUUAUUGUCAUCUAAAUCCAGAAUGUUGGUGUUUUUCUCUCAUGACCCAUGUGAAAAAAUCCCUGACUGAAAUAUCUAACAAACAACAGUCAUGUGGUGAUUUAAUUGCCGUCCAAAUCCACAUCUCUGUGUGUCUAUAUAGGAGAUCCGUCCUGUAAAUCCCUCUUGCACCGUACAGUUGCACUUCAAGGUUAUUUGCACUAAUUUGUCUUAAAAAUGGACACUUGCGUUAGUGAAGUGCUAGUAAUCUAGUGUCCGUGAGUCCACUUAUUAUUGCCUAUCCUAUAAAGUUGUGUUUAAUUGACGAUGACUGCUGUCGAUGCUGACCCAGUGUGAGUUCAGUUUGAUUUGAUUUAGGGUGAAACUCUCCAGGAAUUUUCCAUGCCAUAUUUGAGAAUCUGAACUGUAGCAUGUGAUUGAUCACAAGACAUCUGCAGUUCCACAUUUGUAGGAUUCACCAUCAGAAAGCAGGUUUUCCUUUACAGACGUCCCCAUGAGAAACAAUUGCUUUCCACCCUCACACAAAUCUGAUAUAUGCAAAUUAACUCUGACAUGCAAGUUCAUAUUUGGCCUUUACAUGUAUGAAAUAGAGCCAGACCUCUGCCAAAAGAUAAUACGACGCUGUACAAGAGGCAUCAUUGUGGAAACAAAUAUUGCUCAGCUUUUAUUUACAUUUGAACAGAGCGUGUCAGUCAGAAUCUGCCAGGGGUCUGAAUACUUUACAGCUUGACUGUAUAUAAUUUGCAUAUAUUUCCAUGUUUCAGAUUUCUGUAAGUUACAUUCACCAUGGCGUAAAUGCUGAAAUCAUUGCUUACAGCAGCUGUUGUGAGCUCAGCAUUGCUCAUCAGGGUGGACUCAGAUAUGGAAAAGAGCCACACAGUGUUUCUUGGGUUUUAAUGUCUUAAGUGAAAGCAGGAAACAGUUUCUAUUAUGAAAUCCUGGGCUGGAAAUUCCCUUCGCUCGGAGAUCAGAUCAUGCGGGACGUGUGGGGAAUUACAUUUACAGCGCGAGAAAUCCUGACAGCAGCCAUUCUGUCUUCAUCUGGGGGUGUUGAAGUCCACAUCAGACCUGCAUUAGUGUCUCCACCGCCUUCAGUUCCGCUUACUCUCAGUGAAUUGUCAAACACUGAAUUACGAAUCCUCAUUUCAGAGCUCUACUCAGGACCUUUAAGUUCCACAUAAACUCCCACAGGCGUCUGAUUACAGCAGUAGAACAGAUCAUUUCCACAGAACAUGAUCUCAGCUAAAAACAGAUCUCCAGAUAUAGGAGGUAUCUGUGUGAGGGGUUAAACUGCUGCCACUGAACCGUCACGCUGAAUUAUCUACGGCCCGCGGUUGAGGGUCAUCAAAUCAUGCAAACAAACGAUUACUCACUAGUGUGUGCUUUAAAGGGCGCUCGGCUGUGACGCCUGUGUGCCCUGCUCAUGUCACUGUCUGCAGUCCUGCCAUUCCUACAUGUGUAAACAGCCUAAAGAUAGAGACGGAUCUCAGAGAGAGAGAGAAAGAGAGAGAGAGAGAGAGACAGGUGCUCGUGUGUUUAAUGAUCCGUUCUGCAGCUCGCUUCAGGCCUCUGGGAUCGACCCUUCCUCUGCUGUGCGCUGUAUGUUUGGGCUGCUGUGAUUCAUCAAUCAAUUUUUAGAUUUUUGAAUGCAUUGCGAGUCCCUCUGGAAUCAAUUCUGAACUUUUGAAAGGCAGAUGUUGCUCUAGACUAGUUAUUAUAGGCUAGUGUUUAA